AUGUCAGCUCGUCGUUACCGAUCUACGGUCGCCUGUCACUCAUGCCGUCAGCGUAAAGUACGAUGCAGCAUCAAUGUUACCGGGGUUCCCUGCAUCCGCUGUGCCCAAGACCAUGCCGAAUGUGUGGUGGACCCUCCCCCGGCUGAGAGCAUCCAGGACGAGGAACGCAACGGUCUCGAGAUUGCAGAGGCCGCUUUGGGCAACCCGGAACGGGCCGGACAGGUUCCUUUUUACACCGGGGACAAGACUGGAAUAACUUCCACCCUGACGCUCCUUGCUCCGGGAGAAUCUCUACCCCGGCAUUUCCUGAUUCCGUCGCGCGCAGCGACCUCACUGUCGGCGGAGGAUCAGAAUUACCUGGCAAGCAAAGGGGUCUUCAAUUUACCGAGCAGCGAAGCAUGCCAUUGUCUGCUUCAGGCAUACUUUCGUCAUGUCCAUACGAUCAUGCCGAUCAUCGAAGCGGAUCAGAUCCUGCACUUCUUUCACGCGGGACGAUUGCAUGAGUUCAAUCUGCUGCUGGUGUGGAGUGUGUUUUUUGUUGCUGUGAAUUUUGUUCCGUCCUCUCUCUGCGAGAGAGAAGGGUACGACUCACGAAAGGCGAUGAAAGCAGCCAUGUAUUCCCAUGCAAAGUGUCUCUACAACAACAGUGGAGAGCGAGACAAGGUCGUUCUUCUGCAGUCCUCUUUGAUGCUCGGCUUCUGGCACUCCGAAGUAGAUGAACAUGUCCAGCCCUGGUACUGGACUGGAAUAUCCGUGACUCUUUGCCAGAUCCUCGGCCUCCAUCGCAAUCCCGACGCGGCACGAUAUAAUGCAUCUAUCACCGACCGUCAGCGACAUCUCUGGCGUCGCCUAUGGUGGACAUGCUUCUUCCGGGAUCGUUGGCUGAGUUUGACGCUGGGACGGCCGUUACGUAUUGACCUCGAAGACUGCGAUGUGGCCAUGCCAUUAGUGGAAGAUCUUCUCUAUGACCUCAACGAUGUUCCGGAGCCACUUCUAUCCGCCUUCAUUCCGGAUGAAGUCUCUCGCCUGGCUGAAUAUUGGAUCCAACAGCUCGUCCGAAACCCUCGCGUGAGGAAGUUGAGGCUCUUGAGGCAGAGAUCUGCUGUCAACAACAUCCAGAGAAGGCGUCCCCGGACUGGAAUGGUCCCACGAGGUUCUACCUACAUCACCUCCAAUUGCAUUAUCAGUAUGCGCAAGCCUUUUCUUACAAUCCUCGUCGUCCUAUAUCGACCGUGUAUCACCGACCCGCCGGACGACGUGUCUCUGAAUCACCAGACGCAGUGGCAGGAAACCAUUCGUCACAAGGCCGACUUUGCAGCCUCCCGUACCAACGAAAUCCUGGAAACCCUCGCACAGGAGAGUCUGCUUGAAUAUGCCCUGCCUAUGACACCACCUCUACUGAUUCCGGCCAUGCAAAUGCACCUUCUGAACUGUCGAACUGGCAACUCUCUAUCACGGCGUCUCCGGCUCAACAAGCUCAACGUAUGUAUGAUGGUCAUGGAGGAGUUCCAGAAGGUCUACACCGUUGCGUCCAUCUACCGUGGAAUCUUCGCCAAGGCCAUUCAACAAGUCUGCCCCGACCGUCUCGACGAGCAGCCAGACACUUCAGUCUCGAUUUCUGCGGCGGCACCUCUUUCUGCACAGUCCGAUGAUGUGACCAAUGCCACGGCUGCUGGCAAUCCGGGACUUGGCACUGAUAUGGACAAUAUGGUGGAUGCUCUUCUGGACGAAUCAUCGGCCCUCAACUUUUGGGAGACGUGGGGUCAGUUGUGGGUUGGAUAG